AGUGAGAAAACUAAUUGUGAACUCUUGUCUGUUUGCAUUGCAGCGAUGGAAGAGGAUGAAGAGCUGGAAACAGCAAUGCUCAGCAUCUCUCCUUCAAUGGAACACGUGCAGAGCUCUGCUGCUGCUGCUCCAACAUCCUCAUCGGCAGCAGUGAACAGAUGCAGUCAGGCUUCGAGAACAGAAAGAGGUUACUAACUGACCGAUGACUCUGGAACCAUGAAUUGUUCUCCUACAUGAAGCAUGACCGAGACCGUUCUGUCUGUUCUGUUCCAUUGACCAUGUUCGGGUCAUGUUUGUGUUCUGCUUUUCUGUAUAAAGUCCUAGUGACUAUGAAUUGAUUCCAGUCAUGAUGAAGGUAAGUACCAAUCUUUAUUUUCUCAUGAGAGUGAACGGAAAAAGUGCGUAUGGCUUGGCUACUAACACUCGAAUGCUUGUAUUUGCAGUGUGGCCUGCUUUUACUAACGUCGCUUUUUAUACUUUGCCAGUUUUCAAAUGACUGAUGAGACUUUUUCUGUUGCAAAACCAUCAGCUGCACAGUCCAGGGUAACUGAGCUGAAGGAUGCAGAAUCAGUCACUCUUGCUCUGCCUGUGAAAAGACCUGUACCUCUGCCUCAGCAGCUGAUGUUCCUCCAGCCAGAAACUGCAGAUCCUGUACCAACAGACACCACUGUCACAGCUACAGCGUCAGAGGAACUUUCAUUUUCUGCUGAGACGUCUGCAGUUCCCAGCCAACCUUCACUUCAGCAGCCGGCGGCACAGAGAGCUCAAAGCCAGCCAUCGACCAAGCCAUCACCUGUCUCCAGCUGUCCUCCACCACAACCUCCUGCCUACGACCACGAUGUCAGCCAGUGGUCCUGUUCAUAGCAGCAGAGGAUCUGGAUGAAGACAGAGCUGGAAGCAAUGGGUCUCUGGCCGGGCUCCAUCCCUGUGCGCAACCUAAUGAAGAUGGUGUCACUGUGGCGUUUCCCCCCUCAGCCAGAAUUAAUUGACAGUGUUGCAGACUUUCCAUCUCCCAAAUACUUCCAGCUCCAUCCUUUUUUUUUAUGGAAGCCUGAAAAUGACAAUUUAAUGGGCAGGCUGAGGCACAACGAAGCCCUCCCAUGUAUUGGAGGUUGCGCUCAUCCUCAAGUUACUUCUGCGGGUGUCGGAAGACCUCGAGUGAUUGUUGGCCUCACUGGACAAUAUUACCUGCUGUCAUCCAGGCUGUGCUGCAAAGUGUGCCGGAGGAGGUGGUACACUGACAACCCUCACUGGCUGGAAAAACUUCCGCAGAGGUUCACCAACCUGUUGCCAGCAAAACUUACUUACAAGAAGGCAAUCUGUAAGUCAGUGUUGGAUGAACUCAGGCGAACAGGAAACUCACCCACUGACAUGGCAAAGCAGAUCAUGGAAGUGAUGCACUUGAAAUAUGAACGUGCACACUUGGCCUACCUCCUCAGCUGCCAAAACAUAAUGGAUGCUGAGGCAGGAAGAUCUGGACAAAGAACCAUCACCCAGUUCAUACGACAGGAAACCCAGCCAGAGUCUUUUGGGGCAUAUGAGGAUUCAGACGGCUGGAAUGGAAUCUCUGUGUCUUCACACUACCUGACGGACUGCCUCCUGCAUGAAUACCAACACCAGGAAGGUGCCAUCAAGAAACUCCUGCAGGGCACAUUUGGACAGGCUUUUCGCUCAGACCACACCCGCAAAAUUGCCAGAAAGGUCACCUUUUCAUCGGGCGCCAUGUCAUCAUAUGCUGUGAUGAAUGAAAACUGGAUGAUCCUUUCAUGGGUCAUGGUGCAGUCAGAGACAGAGAAGUCACUGACGUCACUGUAUGAGGGUCUGGCAAACCGCUACAGUGUCGCAGACAUAGAGAAGGCACAGUACCAGUGGGUGGACAGGGAUUGCUGUGCAGCGUUUAAAGUGUCAGAGUGUCGCCCCGGAGAGCAUCUCAACUGGGAAGCGUGGCGAACAACUGACACCAUUGUUGCUGAGGCCACGACUGGCAACUUAAUGAACACAUGUGCAUCAAGAACACACUUCAAUACAAACAUAACAAUAAAACUGGACUUGUUUCAUUGCAUGAGGAGAUUUCUCCGUGAGUGCGUUUCAGAGCAUCAUCCUCUCUUCGCCUCCUUUGCACAGUUCCUGUCUGUCGCCUUCUCUAUCGUGGACCAGGAGGACUUGCAGAAGCUGAAAGAUGCCUAUGCUUUCUGUGGCAUUCAGCCUGCCAACCCCACAAAGCAGCACAUUCGGGAGCACUGCAGGACCAAGAUCCCACAGCCUCAGGAGCUUGUAAAGAGGGUUGAGGGAGUGUUCCAGCACUUCUACCUGGCCAAAGAUCCGAAUGAUGUGCCUCUCUUCAAGCCCUCGAUGCUGAAAGCCUGGCGGAUCCAGCGAACUCAUAUGCUGCGAGGUUGCCUGAGCGAUCCUGAGGUGGAAGGAGGGAUCUUGUACAGGCAUGGGGGGACCUUGCAGCUCAACCAUGUGCAGGGUGAAGGGGCUAAACUUCCUGUGUGGAUCCCCAUCAGAGGCACAUCACAGCAGGAAGGUUACCAUUUUCAUCAGGCUCAGUGGGUCACUGGAACACGCGUGUCCCCGGAGCUCUUUCAAGCACAGGGGAUGACAGGCGUGGCAAGGUGGAACUACCAGCGUCUAGUGGACUUGAAACAACCUGGUGUUCGUCUUCCAGCUGUCUUUGAUCCAGCUUUGAUAACAGCACUAAAUGUUGCAUCUGAAAAGGUGCUGGGGCAGAGACACUGGAGAGAAGUUUGGCCUGGAAUAUACUGAGCCUGGCUGCCGCCCAGUUCCUCUGGACUGGGAAAAGCACAGGACCAAGACGGACUCUACCUCUGCCCCGAGUGGUCCUCCUCAAAGCGCUGUGCCGACUGUCCAGCCUGAGCCUCCUCAGUCAGCAUCCACGGCCCCACCCAAGCUGUUGCAGUUUCCUGCUCGUCCAUCUGGUGACAUGACUGAUCCAUUUAUGACUUCAAGUACCACUCCCAAACUACAGACAGAACCAGGAUCCACAUUUCCACCACUUCUGCCCCUGCUGUCCUCGCCAUCUGCAACCCGCACUGGACCUAUAAAGACUGGUGGGAGGGUGUUUGUGCUCGACCACAAGCGCUGGCCAGCUCCCAUGAAAAAGACCAUAGACGAGCUCCUCAAUAAACACCGCGGGCAAAAGGACAUGCUGAAGCUGGUGGACCAGGAGUAUGCUGCUCUAGUUCACAGCAGCUGUAAGGACCCAAACAGCAUGCUCCAUCCCACCACUAAGCUGCACAUAACACAGUAUAUGAAACACCUGAGUAAGCUGCUGAACACCAGCUCCUCUUUUAACACCAGCCCAGAGAAGGUGGAAGAAAGGCAGCAGCUUUGGCACUCUCUGACAGAGGGCAGUGAGACAACCAGCGUGCCAGUUGUUGCCAUGCCAGCUGCUGUUUUUAACCCCCCUCCACCUGUUCAGACACCUCUAACGCAGGACUCAAUAGAGGAAAUUGUUAAAGGUAUCAUGACCAAGCAGCAGCAGCAGCAGCAGCAGCAACAACCACAGCAACAGCCGGGGAAAAAAGCCCAGACAAAGAAGUGCCUGUCCUGUGGCCAGCCUAAGUCCAGGUAUGAAAAUGACGGUUCUUCUGUCCAUUUCUUCUACCAACAGGGCCCGGUCAGGUACUUCUACUGUUCCACUAAGGUCUUUAAAACAUAUGGUGCUGAAGGUCUGACAGAUGAAAAAAUGGACUUCAAAGACUUGGCACGGACAGAAUUCUUUCAGCGUGAACUGGAGGCAACAAAACAAAGGGUGGAGGAGAGAGUACAGCAAAAAAGAAAAAGGACUGACUCCCAGCCGACAGGGACACGCAAAUGCCGGUUCUGCAGACUGGAGCUAAAGCAGGGCCCGGACAGUCCACACAUCCACGCUGGCUUCACUGCAGUAGCAGGGAAGUACAUCUACUGCCCAGCAAAAGUCUUUUCUUUCUAUAAAGAUAAGGGUAUGGACAAGGAGAUGACCUGGAGAGAGUUCCAGGAGUCUCCUUUCUUUGAAGUGGAAAGGCAGAGGUGGGAGGCUGAAAAACGAAAAUGAGUGAGAGGGUGGGCUGGUGGCUUAGCAUGUGUGUCUGUAUAUAUGUAUAUGUAAUUUUUGCUCUUUGUUCAAUUUGAUUUGUUUGUGAAAGAGUUGAACUGUUGUUCUGUGUGAAUAAAGAACACAUUUCAUUCA